AUGGAGGGGUUCGCAGUGGUGGAGCUAAAGAAAGAAUCCAGACUGUCUUGGGAGGUGGAGCUCUCCUGGGAGGAUGUCUUUCUAGGCUGUAACAACCUGCCUCAGCUGAGUCUCACUGAGCAGGUCGAAUACCUUCGACUGACUUCUGUUGCGAAGAAGUAUGAUGUCGAAAGGUGUAUGUUCACUUCCAAUCUUCGGGAUAUCAAGGACGCGGCUUCUCGGGCAGAUAUGGACAACAUCAAGGCCCCCAAGAACUUCACCCUCUCUCGGGAGAGUAUGAAUGCUGCGUUAGACGCCCUCCGAGCUGGGCGAUAUGUGUCGGAAGCCACUCAGGAGGUGGCCCAGGUCAUCUCUUCCAGGUCAGCAAGCCGGUUCGUUCUUCCUGCUCCUGCUUCUUCCCGGGCUCCCAAGCCGAGCUCUCGAGGUGUCAGGUCUUCCAGGCCCUCAAGCCGCAGCAGACCAAGCUCGGCUCCUCAGUCUUCUCAAGCCCCCAGGUCCCAAUGGGCUCCUACUGAGGGGGCGAAAAAGGCUCCAGGGGUCACCGCUAGGCCGGUUGAAGGCACGGAGCUGGUGAGGAAAAAUUCUGCCUUGCCUUCUGGGGACGUUCCUGAGGAGAGAUUCAAAACCUCCACAACUGAGGAGAGGGCUCCAGAAGGGGGGAUGGAGGUUGCCCCUGUUACUGAGGGAGUUAAGCCUAGACCAGUUGACGAUGAGGGCGCUACAGAGAGGGUCGGGAGCAAGCGUCCUCCUCCUUCUGAAGCGCCUGCCUCGGCUCCUAUCUCCAAGAGGUCUCGGGCCUCUAGAAGACCAGGUCCAGCUCUGCCUCCUCUCGAGAAGAAGAAGGAGACUUCUGUGGUGCCUCUAUUGUUUGCUCCCGACAAUGACAUUUUGAACGCGGAGGAUAUCACUCAUCAAUCUCCGGCGAGCGUUGUUGCAGAAAUCUUGCGGGAGCGGAUGUUUGGCGGGGUCACAGAAGCUUCGAAUCCUCGUCUGCUUGCUCUCACUAGCCUUUUGGUGAGUUCUACACGAGAGCAAGUAGCAUUCCGGUCUCGGACUCGAGAGGAGCUCGGAGGCACAAUUAGGGAGAUGCUUCUGAUGCUGAUGGGCUUUUUUAUGGAGGUAGACGCCCGGGACGAGUCCAUUCAGAGCACAGUGGACCGCCAGAUUGAAGAGGCGCGUCUUGAAGAAAAUUUAAUCGCAACCAGCGACGCCCGGGGUCACCUUGCUGCAGCUCAGGAGCAUCUGAAGACCCUUAGGGAGGAGCUGGCCCAUACUAAGGAGGCUUUGGAGGGGGCUGAUAAGAGGGUAGCUGCUGCGGAGGUCCGCCUUGAUGAGGUCCUAGAGCAGCUGUCCUCCUUAGAGGAAACUCAGAAGGAGAGGGAUGAGGCCUGGCACCAGCACGAGUCGUUGAAGGCAGAUUUCGAUGUCGUGCUGGCUCAGAAGGAUGAAGCCCUAGCUCGGGUUGUGGUCCUCGAGCAAGAGCUGAGCAAGCGUGCUGAUAAUGAAAAAGACCUGGCUCUAGCAGUUGAGGCAUCCAGACUUCAAAACCAGCACCUCUGCCAGGAAGUCGAGGCCCUUAAGAAGAGGUGUUCAGCCUUGCUCGAGGAUGCCAAGCACGCUGAGGACAGAGUCCAGUUGGAGUGUGAGGAGCGUUUAUGGGAGUACAAGGAGUCGGCAGAGCUCAAAAGAGAGAUCGAGCAGGCCUGUGAAGCUUGUCUCCAAGGUUAUAAGGACUCUUCGGAGUUGAAGGCCGGGAUAGCUGAGGCCUGUGAGGAGCGACUUGCGGAAUACAAAGCCUCUGACGAAAUAAAGAAUGCAAUAUGGCAAAAAGGCUUCCGCAUGUUCGUCUCUGGAUUCAAUCGAGGCUUGAGGGAAGCCAGGUAUGCCCCUUCCACCCCGCUAGUUGAACUCCGAGCUGCUGAGGAAGACUCCGAUGGCGAGGAGGUGCUUUACGGGGAGGACGACAAACCUUUGCCCAAAGGAGUUCCUCACACUGCAACUGGGUCUCAUAAAGAAGAUGCCGAGCUGGGGGAGGAAGGUGAAGAAGGAAACAGCCAGUCCACAGUGGCUGAUGCCAAGCUUCAGGAGGAAGAUGCAGGCCCCAAGGAGGAGAAAUUGUUCCUUUCGUAG